AUGAGGCAGGCGGUGGAGGCUCAGGUGUUGAACCCCCACUGUGAACUUGGAGAACACGGCCUGCGUCAGAUCUUGAGUGAUGUUAUCCAGGAGGUAAGGCGGUCGGUGAAUCAGGACAUCGACGGAGCAGAGAUCCUCCACAGUCUGCUGAACGCAUCCUGGCUGCAGUCGCUGCUCAAGGUUUAUGAGUGUCUUCAAAGGUACCUGAGAGAUUCUCCAGCACCAGCUCUGGACUACGCUUCAGGACUUUCACUUCAGUUGCUGAUCGACAUCAGAGGGUUGCAGAGUGGCUCUGAAGAGGCCAAAGAGCUCUACAGCCUCCUGAGACAGCCGCACCUGCAGGCUCUUCUCUCAGCUCAUGAUACGGUGGCCCAGAGGGACUAUGAGCCGGUGCUGCCACCGAUGCCAGACGACCUGCCGGACGACGAGGAGGCCACCAGGAUCGUCUGCCUGGUCAAGAACAAACAGCCACUGGGAGCGACUAUAAAGAGGAAUGAGAACACAGGAGAGAUCUUUAUUGCUCGGGUGAUUCAUGGAGGGCUGGCUGAUCGAAGUGGUCUACUCCAUGCAGGUGACAGGAUCAUAGAGGUGAAUGGUUUUCCUGUGGACGGGUUGGAACCUGAACAAGUCAUCCAAGUUGUGCAAGCGAGGUCGCAGGGCACCAUCAUGUUCAAGGUCAUUCCCAUCACAGAGAGGCCGGUCCACAACCAGACGAUGCUCUACGUGAGGGUCAUGGUGGACUAUAGCCCCCAGCAGGACACGGCCAUCCCCUGCGCCGACGCCGGUAUGAACUUCAGGAAAGGCGACGUCCUGGAGAUCGUGGACCAGACGGAUGCCCUCUGGUGGCAGGCCAAGAAACUGCCCAGCAACACGGCCUGUGCCGGCCUCAUCCCCUCGGCCAGCCUGCUGAGACGGAAGCAGAAGGAGUUCUGGUGGUCUCAGCCUUAUCAUCCACACGCCUGCAUGAAGACCUUGAGCACUGUAGAGGAAGAGGAAGACAUGAUGACCAUCGAUGAUAAAUGUGUCGAAGCAGACGAGGAGGCAUUUGAAUCUGACGAGCUCAAAGAAGAGGAGGAUGACUUCUGCAGCAAACCUGAAGGGAUCUACUUAGCUGGCUUCAGGCGCAGCAUCCGUCUGUGUCGGCGGCGCUCUCACAGCAUCACCCGGCCGUCCUGCCAUACCCGCUGCCCCAGCAGCUGCUCCAGCUCCCUCAUCAGCCCCUACGAGGAUGUGGUGCGCUACCAGCGUCACCCGCAGGACGCACACCGCCUCAUCGCCCUCUUAGGUCCGUCCGGUGUUGGCGUGAACGAACUUCGGAGGCGCUUGAUCGAGAUGAACCCCAACAUCUUUCAGGGAGCCGUGCCUCAUACCACAAGGGCACCCAAAGGAUACGAGGAGUCUGGCAGAGAAUAUCACUUCACCAGCAGAGAAGUCUUUGACCACAUGAUGUACAACAACAGGUUUCUGGAUUACGGGGAGUACAAAGGGAAUCUGUACGGCACCAGCAUUGAGUCUGUGAGGGAAGUUUUAAACAGCGGAAAGAUCUGCGUCAUGGACAUCGAUCCAAACGCCAUUCAGGCUGUGAGGACCCACGAGCUGAAGGCUUACAUCGUCUACGUGAAGCCACCGUCACAGGAGCGCCUCAAGGAGACACGACGGGACUCGUACAUCACCACCAACUACUACAUCAACCGACCGUUCAAGGAUGAAGACUUCCAGGAGAUGGAAGAAGCCGCCCGGAAGAUCGAGUCUCACUUCUGCCAGUUCUUUGACAACGUGAUCAUCAACGAUGAGCUGCAGGACUCCUGCGUCCAGCUGCUGACCGCGAUGAGGAAGGCGCAGGACGAGCCGCAGUGGGUCCCUGCCAGCUGGAUACGACCCACGACCACGUAAGAGAGGACGAAGGUGGAGGCGUAGGGGACAAGAGAAAUGUGAUCCUCUAUUAUCAUGGCAGCAAUUAUUUUCAUUUUCAUUUUACAGAUUCCUCACUGUGAAAUCUUAACAUGUAAAUCAAUUUUCAUGUUUUAUGGGGGUAGGGCAUGAAAGAAAUCUUAAUAUUUUA